AUGAGCGACGAGGAGGACGUUGACGAUUUCCGUGUUAACGUCGAAAGCGGUGGUCUGCACAUCGAUGCACGAUGCGAUAGCGACAAUGCCGCAGCAAAGAGCGCGCUCGAAAACCUGAGGGAUCCAAACUACAACGGGCCGGGGCGUGUCAGGGAUACACACGAGCUGCUGUGCCCCAACCACCUGGGCGAGUGCCUGGCAGUUCCCUACACGAAUGCGCAAUUCGCAGCGGUAUUGGAGGCCGCAGCCUACGAGACGUACUUGCGCAGCAUCAUGAUUGUGCGUGAACAGGAACUUGAACAGCAGUUCCGGAACGACCUCGAACGCACGCUGGCAGAACGCCAGCAAGAGUCGGACAUUGACAGGCACAUACGCGUGAAUGAUUUGAUGCUGACCUUACGGUGUCCCAAUAGCCUGUGUCGGAGAGCACUGAUUGAUUUUGACGGGUGCACCGCUUUGACAUGUGAUCUGUGCGAUCGAGCCUUCUGUGGCCUUUGCUAG